AUGUGGAGUUUUGAGUCACAUGUGAAGAUUUUCCAGUUGAAAUUAAGUAACUACGAUAAGCACCCAUGGGAACAUAACGUUGAGCAGCGAAUCUUGCAGGGUAUUGACCAGCAUUCUGCACAUGAAGGAAAAGCGCGGACUGGACUGAUUGAUGUAGAUGUAAUACGAGGUUCAGUUUUCGCCAAAGCUAAACCUAGGCAUGGAUGGAUGGCAGCUGUACGUUUGGGUUUGUUACGUGUGGCAUUCGCUCCAUUCUACUGGAAUUAUUGGCGUGGUCAUACAUCAUUCUGUGUCGCUGUCUAUAUCAUGGUUCAUUUUUUCCUACAGUUUCUGCAAGUUGUAUUUUUUCUCCUGACGGAUCCUCGAACUAGUAACAGUUCACAGGAUGAUGUUCUUCUCCCUUGCUUGUUAGCUAUAUGUUUGGGCAUUCUUCAUGCGCAUAUUACUGCCCCGCAUGGAAAAGCUGGUUCAUACUCAUCCUUUAUUGACAGUCCAAUGACUGCUCAGUCUUUCAAGGAUAUUGGUGAUAGUCAGGUCUAUAACUUAAAUCCAAGCUCUUAUCACCACUAUUCAGACAACCUGGUGAAUAAUAAACUUGGGAGUUUACAAAAUAAUAUUAGAAGGCUUGAUGAAUGUGACCAUUCGUCGCAGCUUUCCGCGCAUUUAGUAAAUUCAGAACAUCGACAAUGUCUAAACAAUGCCUGUUCACUAACUCAUCAAUCGAACAGUCAACCAUUCUCCAACAAAGAAUAUGUAGAUAAUACGGAACAUCCGGAUUAUCUGGCUAACAGCUGUUCUGAAUUUCACAACUCUACAAACGUAAUCUGCAGAAACUAUGGGAAACUGCAAAGAAAUAUACAGUGGAGGUCAGGUGAUACUGAAUCAAAGAAACCCUUGGCGUCAUCCCAUAAAUGCUAUGAAGUUUGUCCGAACAGUAGUUAUCAUGAUGAAUUUUCUACUGUCUAUAGUCCAGGAGAUAAUAAGAAACAUGAACUAAAUGACUCUGAUGUUACCUAUGAAAUGAAUGGUCCUCAGUCUCCAUACGCUUUCGAGGAAGAUCGUGGGCAAACUAAACACUUUCAUAGUUCACAGUUAUUGGAGCACCGACCACGAGUUAUUCGUAGACGUAGACGUCAAAAUAGCUAUAGUUCAAAGCAUGGUAAUUUAAGUCGUGGACACGAUGCGGAUGUGGAGGAGAGCGAGGGUGAAGUCGAAACUGUUUCAAACAAAAAUAAUGUUGACUCAGCUACUUUUGAUGGCCAAAGUUUUUCACUUCAGACUGUGAAUGAUGUUCUUCCUGAGUUUAUUUCCCGGUCAAAUUCCAAGGGAAGUGUCAAUCAAGCAGUUAGUUUGGAUUGUCAGCUAACCUUACCCAAUACAGAGUUAAAUCUAAAGUCCAGAAGUUUACCAAAAGAGGAAGAAUCAGUAUUUCUCUCCAAAUCCUCAAAUGCACUUGCAGAUGUCAAAUUACCAGAAAAUCUGAGUGAAGGUUCUUCAAUCAAUUCAGAAGCUUGUGAACUAACACAUUCGAAAACAAAAGUUACUUAUAAUUCGUUUAUUCCAUUAAAAGGUGACCGAUUCACUGAAUCCUCAGAUACGCAACCUCAUUUAUCACAUCCUUCCUCUCUAAGCAGUUCGAUCGAUCCUCUUACUGAGUCCAGUUACUUUUCCUGCAAACGUUCUGCGUCAAUGAGUUUUCUAGUACAACGAAAACAGAAUGAAAAUUUUAUAUAUUUAUUAAAUAAUGAUGAAGUAUUAAGAAAGGCAUUUUCUGACGCAGUUAUAAAUCACCCAAUUUUCUUUGAUUCUUCAAAUUAUCAAUCACUUAGUUAUGACAAUAAAAAAGACUUACGGAAGUCGUUUUUUCAGCAGAAACAAAGUUUCAAACGCAAGUAUGAUACUGAAAAUGAAGCUAGGGCAGCUUACAAUUUACUCCCAGUCAAUCAACAGGAUCAUUUCAGUACUGAAAAUGUGUCAUAUCGUAAAAUAUCGUUAUCCUCACACUCUUCAGCAGCUACUGAGUCGUCAACUAAUUCUGGUCGAUCUUUUAGUUGCCUCAGGAAGUAUCCUAAACGGAGUGGUCGCCACUUUGAAUUGGAAUCUGUACAUGGUAUUGGUGCGGAAUUGACAGCUAAUCCAAAAUGUGUUGAUAGUCAUUUCGACAGGAAAAUGCAUUCCAGUUAUAAUGAUAUUCUUGACACUCAAAUUAACGAAGAUAAAAAACCUAUGGUUCAAUCGGUUGAACUGUGUAAAGAAUUCGAAAAGCAGUUGGAUUGGCUUGACGAAAAGCAUGCGAAUCAUGAAGUUAAGAAUAAAUCUUAUGAAUUUAUCAAUAAGGAUGAUACUAUUACUGUCUACAACAGACAACGUGCUAAAUAUUUACGUUUAUUUUUACAACGUGCUUCUCAUUCACAACAACAACCACGUUUUGCAGUAAAUCCCUUACAGACUGAUGCAGAGUUACUUGAUUCUGAAACAGCUAUGCUCAACAAUAAACGACCACUUGCGAAUUCUAAGCAUUCAAGCAAAUAUCUCUCUUCUUUUACAAAUGUGGAUAUGAAUUUUAAACCAUCUAUUCAUCGUAUUUCUGGAUCAACUGUUACGAAUAAAAGUUGUUUGAAGUCAACUUCUCAAAGAGUAUUUUACAAUUGCUGCGACGAUGAUUCUUCAUUUGGAAAUACAAGUAAUCGGAUAACAACUGCAAAUAUUACAAAUACACAAGGUGCAGGAAUUCAUGAGCCUAGAAGAAAUAUGAAUCAGUAUCUGGAUCCAAUAAGUGGUUUUGUCCAUGACACAUAUUCCCGUUCCCAUUAUCUCUCAAAAAGUGAAUCACACGAUGCAAACAUGAACACACGAGGUCAAACAGCUUCAGAAACUGAAUAUUUUGAUCGAAUUAACAGUGAUUUGGGUAGUGACAUUGAUUCUUCCUCUUGUCCAGAUGAAGUAGAAGCCCCAUCACCACCACCGUGUGAAAAUGAGUUACAAAACUGGCAGAAUUCAAAUACAAAGCCGAAUGUAAAUAUUGUUCCUGCACAGGAAAUUAAAAUAAUUAGUAAGAAGCAAGUAUCAAGACACUCUACUUAUGGUUUUCACAAUGCUAAGAGUUACUGUCACAAAUGCUGUUCACGUCGUAAUGUCUCUGUAUCAUCAAAUACUGAUUCAGGCCCACCCAAUAGCGUUGAGGAGUCUAAUGGUAUUAUGAACAACAAUGAUCACAAAUCAAUUGAAUCCCAAGAACUCAGUGGUGCGUCACCAACCAGUUCAGUGAAUAUCGUCGCCAAAGGAGGGAAGUACGUAUCGAAUAUACAAGAAGAAGUCCUACAUUCUAUAGUCUUCGAACAAAAUGAUAAGCAGUUGAAUGAUGAAACUGCUAAGCAAAAUUUCAGAAACAUUCAUCCUAAAUCCAAUUUGACUAGAGAUUCAUAUGGUUAUGAAAACUUACCUUCUGUUAAACAUGAUACUGUACGCUGUUAUAUGUGGGCUGGAGAUAAAUUAUCGAAAUUUAAUUUAUCUAUGUUAGAUAUUGGGAAGAAUGUAAUCUAUGCUGUUGAACGACAAAGCGUUUCCUCGGACUAUAUCGUGCUAGCAUGUAUUGCAACAUUUCUACUGCCUUUUAUCGCUGUCAUUUUUCAUUCCACUAAUUCAAUAGACGCUUCUGGUAUUUUGACCAUUUCAUCAUCAAGUGUACAAAGUAAUGAGGAGCUGAAAUCAACCUUUAUAACAGAGAAUACACAGUUAUUUCUUGAGAACAAUUCUGUAAAUCAAACAUUAUUUACUAAUUUAUUCGACUCUGCCAAUUCUGUUUUCGGCAAUACUGUGAUAGGCUUGUAUUUACGCGCCAUAAUAAGUAUUUUUACCCAUCUUUUGGGUACUGUUUUGUUGAAAAUGCAGAGUUUAGUAAUUGGUGUUGAUGUACAAGCUUCCAACUGUUCCCAACCUUACUGCAUAAUAUUCUGGAAUAUUGUGACUGGUCAGUUUCUAAUGAACUGGUUUUCGAAACCAGAUAUACAAGGACGUUUGGUUAUAUUAAUUGGAUUCAUACUGAGGUUCAAUGUUUACGGGACUAUAUUCUUCCUUCUUUGUAUUGCUGAGCGCACAUUUCAAGAGCGGUUGCUUUAUGCGAAGUACUUCUUCUCCUUAACAUCUGGACGUCGCGCUCUGAAAUAUCGUGUACCACAGUUUCGUCUAAAUAAAAUUGGCCACAUCAAGUGUUGGCUGAUGCUUCGAUCGUAUUUAAAAAAGCGUGGCCCACAACGUUCAGUUGAGAAUAUUAUGGCAACAGCAUUUUAUAUUGUCUUCACACUCGGUCUCAGUUUAUGUGCCCAGCUCCUUUCAAAAAGUCGGGGAAGUGUUUUUGUCAAGCUAACAAAUUGGGAUAUUUUGGGCCUUACAUUUGGGAUUGUAAUUUUUCUGUAUCGUUUUAUCUUGCUUGGUACGAAGAUCACAAAAAAAUACCGUAAUUUCUCAGUGCUAAUUACUGAGCAAAUCAAUUUAUAUUUGAGUAUGGAAUCUAAACCUCAUAAAAAAGAAGAUUUAAUGCUGACAUUUCAAGUUUUACGCUUAGUUGAAAGUUUGUUGAAAGAAGUUGAUGGUCCUUUUCGGAAUUAUAUGAAUAGUUUUGAAAAUGUUAACCUUAGCCUUUGUUUAUUGAUCAAUAUUUCUGGAGGUUGA